CUGAUCUCAGGGGUGUCCUCGCAGGCCAUAAUGGCUGAAAUAACGUAGAGGUAAAGGUCGCUGGAUCGAUCAACGAUGGCAUUUUCUGAAUCCCAAAUACCACCUGACGCCCAGCAUUAUUUGGUGUGUGGCACUGAAGACUGUGAGAAGAACUGCCAAUUUUACUGCAACGACUGUCACCAACCAAUGUGUGAACAAUGCAGAGAUGAACAUCAGAAGAAUAAGAAAACCAAGAACCAUGAAGUAGUCCAUUAUAAACAACGAAAACGACCGCUUCCUGUGGAGAAAUGCAAGAUCCAUCCCACAAGAAAUAUAGAACUUCUCUGUGAAGAAUGCCAGAUUCCCAUUUGUUCUAAAUGCACAGCCACAAGAGAACAUCGCGGCCAUGCAUUUACCGACCUAGAAUUUGUCUUUGAUGAAAAGGUUUCCUUAAAAUGUCAUGAAGAAAUUGCCAAGAUUCGAAAUUAUUCUGAUCCAAUUUCUCAAGAUUUGAAAAAGGAAAUUGCUGGUGAUGUCACAGAAAUAAAGAAGAUCAUGGAAGACUUAAGAGCAUCCAUGAAAGCUGAAGCCGAGUCUGUCAAAAAAACAGUUGAUACAAUUACAUCAGAGAAAAUAGAACAGGUCGACAAAAUAGAACAGUCAUUAUUAGAAACAUUAAUCAACCAAAACCAACAAAUUGAUGAUUACAUCAACUAUCUCAAUGAUUUAAUCAAAACAUAUUAUGGUUACCUAUCUCCCUCAAACAUAGAACAAUUAACAUUUGCUCUAAAAUCAGAAAACCUAAUGAUACGACCCAUACCAGAGACAUCCAAACCAGUCCCACCCGUAUUUACUGCAGGUCAAUACAGCAAGGAAGAUGUCGCCAAACUACUGGGUAGAAUAACUGUCCCCAACGCUAUACCAGAGAACAGAAAAAUAAAACCUAUGGAGACUGCCUCUACACAGUUGAAACCUACAGAGAAACAGAGAAAACAAGACAGAGAGAAAUCUGACGUGAAACAAACACUGUCUCGGUUUCCCUCUGUCACCAAGGUCAGGGAGUACACAGUACCAGGUGUUGAUGGUGUAAAUCAUAUAUCACUGGGUAAAUCAGGCAGACUCUGGGUCAGUGAUAAUAUUGGUAACCUUGUCCAAACAGAUCUACAGGGGAAUCAGCUACAGAAGAUACAAACCAGUGGUGAAUUAGAAGGCUACCACACAGUGACACAGGACGGGGAUCUGAUCUAUACAGACCAAGACAACAAAGUCAUCAAUAAAAUAACACCGGAUAAUACAAUCACUGAAUUCAUAAAAACAGGAGACUGGGAACCACACAGUAUAUACUCCUCCCACAUCAACGGGGACAUACUGGUGGGGAUGUAUCGUAAAGUCACCAGGUACAACAAGACAGGGACAGAAAUACAGAACAUACAGAGAGACAACAAAGGGCAGUUACUGUAUAAUCUACCACACUACAUCACAGAAAACAUCAAUGGUGAUGUCUGUGUAUCAGACUAUAAAAUUGCCGUAGUGGUGGUGAAUAAAUCAGGACAACACAGGUUCUCCUACACAGGUCAGGGGUUUGGGUUUGAUCCCUAUGGAAUAUGUACUGAUAUUUACGGUCACAUCUUGGUGUGUGAGACUAACAAUAACACAGUUCAUCUUCUGGAUCGGGACGGUCAGCUCUUGUCUCUACUACUCACAUCACUACAAUUAGGGCUACAAUGUCCCCGUAGUGUGUGUGUAGAUGAUGAAAACCAUCUCUGGAUGGGACAAUGCAACACCAACGCGAACAGAGUGUCUACAUUGAUAUUUACAUAUCAAUAAUUAGUUACUGUGUGUAUGUUGUGAGACAAUGUAACAACAACACUGAGAUAGUGUACAAGGGCUGGUAUACACAGUGUACGUUGAAGUACAUAUACCUCAUUCAUGCAAGCAGAUGUAUGUUUAUUCUUAAUAUUGAUUAAUUGAUUAUUUUCAUUGCUGAAGAAUUGACAAUAAAAUAUGUAUACAUAAUUAUGUAUUAACAAAUUAGUU